GAAGUGUAUUUAAUGGCGUGCGGUUGUGCUGUACGCUAGUUGAGUGCUCAAGCUGUAUUGUUGGUGUUCGCGGCCUUUGAUAGUGUUUUAGCGCCGUGAUAGGGUUCGAGGUUGUAAAGGAUUCUCGUUUCGAUGUGUGCCGCAUGAUCGAGCUUUCACGAAGCCUUCCACCGCGACUAUGGGUGACGCGAAAGACUGCAAGAUUCCUCAGGAAUCCAACGAACAGCGUGGAAGCGGCGACGAUUCAGAAGACGAAAGCGAGGUCCUUGAAGAAAGUCCUUGUGGCCGAUGGCUCAAGCGCAGGGAAGAGGUCCAGCAGAGAGACAUUCCAGGUAUAGACGCUGCGUACCUUGCGAUGGACACCGAGGAGGGUGUCGAGGUUGUCUGGAAUGAAGUCAAGUUCUCGGAGAGGAAAAAUUUCAAAGCCAAAGAGCAGGAGAAAAUACGCGAGGUCUUUGACAGCUUGGCUCAGCUCGAGCAUCCAAACAUAGUCAAGAUUCACAAGUACUGGAUGGACAAGGACUCGGAAAAGCCCCGAGUCAUUUUCAUCACCGAGUACAUGUCCAGCGGGUCACUGAAGCAGUUCCUGAAGAAAACUAAGCGCAAUGUCAUCAAGCUCCCCCUGCAGGCCUGGAAGAGAUGGUGCAACCAGAUUCUCUCGGCACUAAGUUACCUCCACUCAUGUCUGCCACCCAUCCUGCACGGGAACAUGACAUGCGACACCAUUUUCAUCCAGCACAAUGGCCUCGUCAAGAUCGGAUCGGUGGCACCUGAUGCAAUCAAUCACCACGUGAAAACUUUUCGGGAAAACAUCAAGAACGUUCAUUUUGUGGCUCCCGAAUAUGGAAGUAAGUCGACUGCGUCUGUCGUUACGCCCGCCGCUGACAUAUACUCGUUUGGGAUGUGUGCUCUCGAGAUGGCGGCGCUGGAGAUUCCUGGAAAUGGCGAUUCUGGCACACAAAUCACCGAAGAAGUCGUCAACAAGACAAUCGAGUCCUUGGAAAACAUUCAGCAAAAGGACUUCAUCCGCAAGUGCCUGCGAAAAAAUCCGCUGGAGAGGCCCACUGCCAGGGAGCUUCUUUUUCAUCCAGUCAUCUUUGAGGUUCAUUCCCUGCAAGUCCUGGCAGCGCAUGUCAUCAUCAAAAGUGCCUCUUAUCACCCAGACCAACUGACGGAUGAGGCCGUGCUUUUGAGGUACAGCCAGGCGGACAUCAUUGCCGAGAUUACGCACCGGGACGGCAGGGUUGGCGUGCAGCUGCGCAAGAAUGAGGUGCCCAAGCUGGAGUUGGAGAAGCUGCUCGAAGAUGUCAGAAAUGGCAUCUAUCCCUUGACAGCAUUUGUCAUGUCCCAUCAGCCAGUUGUGAGACCCCGAGCGUCGUCACCCGAAGUGUCAGAGUCUGUCCAGUCGGCAUCGCCGGAACCGUUCGAUGCCGAGACGCGACGCAUCAUAAACAUGAUGUGCAACAUCAAGCAGCAGGACGAAUCUCAAAACUUUGUCAUGACACUGUUGCUGCGUAUGGACGACAAAAUGAAUCGUCAGUUGACUUGCGAGCUCAGCAUAAAGGACACACCCUCAGUGCUGGCCACAGAGCUCGUUCACUAUGGCUUUAUCAACAAGGACGACAGGAACAUGGUGGAGGUCCUGAUCCAAGACACGCUAAGCCGGAGUCACAUUCCAGGCAUCUCCAAUCAAGCGGCUCCCAUAUCCAUCGGUGCCGCGUGACCUCCCAGCCCUCAGAGGCCAUCCGCUUUAGUCACGGUGCCGCCUCUUUAGAAGGGACUCUGAGAAAGACUGGGCUCCCAUUGUCUGUGCCUGUGUGAGAGGUGUGCGUGUGGGACGAACUGCUAGUUGCUCUUUCUAGCGUGUGUGAACAGGCCCUUCGUGUAGCGACUGCAAUCUCGACCGCCACUCUAGUUGCCUUGCGAAGAGGGAUGAUUUUUCAAGGUCUUAGUCAGUAGAUGUCCAAUGGCUCCGCCUUCCCAAUUUUCUUUUUCCUUUUUUUUAAUGGGCUCCGGAAGGAGCAAGCCGGGGCCAAGCACGCGCAUACUGUACAGGAGUUUUAUAUCCAAGAGUGGAGGCCGGGAGGGUGGGGAGGGAGGCAUUGGAGCUGAAAAGAGAGGUGUGGGGUAUGCUUGUGAAGUUGCCGAACUUUGUAUUAUGCUAGAGGUUUUCUUACACAGUUUGUGUAAGCCAUCCUUUGUGGUUAUAGCACUGUUCUAGCAUGCCACUUUGUCACCAGGUGAGCUUUGUUGGCAUGAGCAAUGGCUGCUGAAACGAGCUUGCAUGACGUAUGGUAAGGCCACCGUAAACGGCUUAAGUGAGCUCUUUGCAGGCCCACUGUGCCGCAAUUCUAAUGCAGCGCACUUGUUUGCGGCCUUCUUCACAUUAUAUGCAACGUAAUUGACACACGAAGCAAUUCGGAAAAGGACGCGUCAAGGUUCCCUGCGAAGGAACAUUGGAAUACUGUUUGUGACCUUUCGUUUUUCUCGUCUCUUGCUUACAUUUCUGCUAAGGAUGCCAAGCACUGCACCGACACUACAAUCUCAAAUUGGUCAACAGACCGCGUUUCCCCUUUUCCCUACCAACAACCCCUCUCCCCAGUUCCGUACAAAGGUUGUCGUGAUACCCGAAAAAAAGCUAUUGCUGUUUCGCAUGACAGCCCGAAGAAUAGCACAAGUGAUGGAAAGCUGAGUGUGCAUUCCAGCUUCCUUUUUACAAUGCUGUUUGUACGAAAAGUAAAAGAAGGCGUUGCAAAACAUUGUUUUUUUCUCUGCCCCAUGCUUGCGUAAGUCGUAGACGUACCACUUCUUUAGUGACAGUAAGCCUGCAACUCGUCACAUGGUGCACUUUAGGUUGCCAAGGUCAAUCGUGGUCAAACGCUCCCCUGUGACACCAGUUUAAGCCCUAUUUGUUAAUGGUUUGCUUUCAUUAUGGAGAGAGGUGGUAAUGAUUACUCCAGAAAUUGGGUACCGACCUCAUUACCCUUAUUCUACGAAGUCGCAUCUGACACGAAGAUGGCUUCGUUAUAUCCGAAAAUUCAUUAUAAACGAAAAUUUUGGACACUGCUAUAAUGGCAAGGCUAUACACCGUAUACUUCGUUAUAACCGGUAAUUAUAUCUGUAUUCGUUAUAUCGAAGUUUGACUGUAUAGGCACCGUGAUCUACUAGCAACCAUAUUUAUGGAUUGUUGACUGCGUUGCAGUAUCUCUAAUGUAAUGAUAUUUCUCCCCAGGUAUUCUGACAGUGUGUGUAGCUUGGAGCAAGAUUUUCUUGGCAAAAGAGCUGUUGAAAGCUGCUCACUCGCAUCACUGUUCGGAGCAUAUUCUGCUAUAAGUAUGCAUUACUCUAAGUUUGGCAUUUUCCAGUGAUGCUUUUAUCGGCCAGGAUCAAAGAGUAUGAGCUGGUUACCAGACCAGAGUUUUUGCUUUUUUUAAACAGAUAUACAUGACUGGAGGAUGGGGAUUUUUCUUUCCUUUCUGUGGAUUAGAACUUGACCGCCGCUUGUCAUUGCAAAUAAAAGUUGAUGCCUUCACAUUUUGUA